GACAAGGCGGGGGGAGGGGUAUCAGCGGUGGCGCAAGCAGCGCGCGGAGCAGCAGAGCCUGGGUCCGCUCCCUACACUGCCGCCGCCUUCCCACCCGGCGGCAGAUCUGGCGCCCCGGCAGCCCCAGAACACCUCCAGACGGACGAAGGACUCCAUGUUGGGGAACUUGGUGGUGGCGUGACGGGGACCUAGGGACUUACGGUGCGGCUGCUGGCGGAGCAAGAGCCUCGACCUCGGCCUUAGGACUCUUUGAUGGAAAACUGAUUACCUGACUGUUUGACCUGAAGAAUCUUACAGGAAACCUGUUUUCAAGGAGAAAUGAAGAAGAGAACUGUAUAUACCUUAAAUGUGGGAGAUCAGGAGUAUGAAGAUAUGGAAGGAGAAGAAAACAAAGAUAAUACUGCUACCACUGUUCUGUUGUACAGUGAAGCUGACAGAUGUCCUAUAUGUCUUAAUUGCCUGUUAGAGAAGGAAGUUGGUUUUCCAGAAAGCUGUAAUCAUGUCUUCUGUAUGACCUGUAUUCUUAAAUGGGCAGAGACACUAGCUUCAUGCCCUAUUGACCGAAAACCUUUCCAGGCAGUGUUUAAAGUCAGCGCAUUGGAAGGCUGUGUUAAGGUUCAAGUACAGAGACAGUCGAGAGAAACAAAAGACAAGAUAAAUGAAAACUCUUUUAAGAAACAGCUCUUCAGUCAUGAAAAUUCUAAAACCUGUACAAGAAAAAAAAUCAUAGGAGAAGAUCUAUUAAGUGCAAAGUUUUAUGACUUGAAGAUGCAUAGAAAAACUAAAUACAGUGAAAUGGGAGGAAAGAAAAAUACAACAAUAAAGAUAAAGCCUCGAAGAUCAAAUCAGUGUACAAGUCAGCACUUCAGAAGUUUUCUCUCCAAUAUAUUUUCUUCUAGCAGUCCCACUGGAGAAUCUGCUUUUACCUGUAGAGCUUACUGUACAGAAUUUAUAGAAGCCAAUGAAAUCAGUGCAUUAAUUAGGCAGAAGAGACAGGAACUGGAAUUGUCAUGGUUUCCUGAUGCAUUACCUGGAAUUGGAAGAAUUGGUUUUAUACCCUGGAACAUUGAAACAGAAGUCCUUCCUCUCAUCUCUUCUGUGAUGCCAAGAGCUAUUUUUCCAACAAGUACCAUGUCAUUAGAGAACUUUGGUACUUCUUACAAGGGAUAUGCAUUAGCACACACUCAAGAAGGAGAAGAGAAGAAGCAAACUUCUGGCACAUCAACCACCAGAGGAUCAAGACGAAAACCUGCAGCAACAACUCCCACUAGGAGAUCUACGCGUAACACGAGAGCUGAAACAGUCACUCAGCCUCAGAGAUCCCCAGUAUCAAAUAAUUCUGGGUGUGAUGCCCCAGAUAACAAUAAUCCACCUGUAAGUGUUUCUUCUUCAGCUGAGUCUGAAAAGCAAACAAGACAGGCUCCAAAACGGAAGCCUCUAAGAAGAGGAAGAAAGCCACCUUUGCUGAAAAAGAAACUUCGGAGCUCUGUACCUACCCCUGAAAAAUCAUCUUCCAGUGAUUCAGCAGAUGAAACAGCAGAAUCUGACACACCACCUGUUUUAGAGAAAGAGCACCAGUCAGAUGAAGAAAAUAGUAACACUUGUACUGUGCAGACAAAUGUAGAAGAUAAGUCUGCUAAUGGCUUGAAAAGUCACAGUGAGCAAAUAGAAGAGAGUGAGGAACAUACUGAGAAUCACGAUACAGAGAAAAAAGUAGAAACUUCACAUUCUGAGUCUUGUACUCAAGAAGAUCCUGUGCUAGUUGGAGAGGAGGAUCCUGUGCUAGUUGGAGAGGAGAGUCCUGUGCCAGUUGGAGAGGAGGGUCCUGUGCUAGUUGGAGAGGAGGGUCCUGUGCUAGUUGGAGAGGAGGGUCCUGUGCUAGUUGGAGAGGAAGAUCCUGUGCUAGUUGGAGAGGAGGGUCCUGUGCUAGUUGGAGAGGAGGAGGAAGUUCAAAAAGUUGAGAAUACAGAUAUCAAGGCUAAUGUUUUAUGUUUAGAAAGUGAGAUAUCUAAAAAUAUUUCUGAAAAAGGAGGUGAUCCAUUAGAAAAUCAAGACCCAAUAUCUGGACCUUCAGAAUCAGAGUUAAAAACAGAUAUAUAUACAGAUCAUCCUCCAAAUGAUUUUCUUACACGUUCAGCAUCUGAAAUUGAAGUGCACCAACCUAUACCAAGCCUGGGUGACUUACCUGAGGAUGCAGAGCUAAUGGUUAGUAAGGAAAAUGUUGUAGAGGUUAAUGAAGAAAAAAUAAUAGAUGUUAAUGAUGAAAAGGUUAUAGUGAGUCCUAUAGAAGAAAUUAUUGAUCAUAAAGAUACUUCAGUAAAAGCAGAACAGCUUGUAGACAGCCAAAAAUCAGAGUCUUCUGAGGGUGGAACUAUACAAACAGUGGACAAAACAUCUGUUGAGAGCUCAGAGAUUCAGCUGCCUGGGCACAUUGAAAUUGAAGAUGCAGAAAUAACUGCAACGCUUGAUACUUCAGGGAAUGAAAAUUUCAGUAGUAUUCAAGACUCUGAAAAUAAUUUAUUAAAAAAUGAUCUUAAUACCAAAUUGGAUGAAUCUUUAGAAGAAAAGACUGAGUCUCUGGUUGAACAUCCCAGAUCUACAGAGUUGCCUAACACACACAUUGAACAGACUCAGCAGCAUUCUGGUGAAGACAAUAAUGAGAUGAUACCUAUGGAAUGUGAUUCAUUUUGCAGUGACCAGAAUGAAUCUGGAAUUGAACUGGCUGUAAAUGCUGAUGCUAAACAAUUGAAUAAAAGUUCGGCAGAGGGCAGUUCUCAAAAUAAUGUGCCAUCUUCUGAUCCAGUAAGUGAAAAGGUUGAAACUGUAUCUCAAACAUUUGAAAGCCCAGUAGACGUGAUAGAUAAAGCCAAAAAGCCUCGUACUCGAAGAUCUAGAUUUCAUUCCCCAUCUACAACUUGGUCCCCUAACAAAGACGCUGCACGGGAAAGGAAGCAGUCUCAGUCUCCAUCUCCCAAAAGAGACACUGGGAAAGAAAGGAAGUCUCAGUCACCAUCUCCCAAGAAAGAAUCUGCAAGAGGACGGAGGAAAUCACGUUCUCAGUCUCCAAAAAAGGAUAUUGCAAGAGAAAAAAGGCGAUCACAGUCUCGAUCUCCAAAAAGAGAUAGCACUAAAGAAGGCAAAAGAUCAGAAUCACUCUCCCCAAAGAGAGAGACUUCUAGAGAGAACAGAAGGUCUCAGUCAAGAGUGAAAGAUUCCUCCCCAAGAGAAAAAUCCAGGUCCCGGAGCAGAGAAAGGGAAAGUGAUAGAGACGGGGCUAGGAGAGACCGAGAGAGAGAGAGAGAAAGGAGAACCAGAAGGUGGUCUAGAUCCAGAUCUCGUUCUAGGUCACCAUCAAGAUCUAGAACAAAAAGUAAGAGUUCAUCAUUUGCUAGAAAUGACAGAGACAGUUACUCUCCUCGGUGGAAGGAAAGAUGGGCAAAUGAUGGAUGGAGAUGUCCACGAGGAAAUGAUAGGUACAGAAAGAAUGACCCAGAGAAACAGAAUGAAAAUACAAGAAAAGAAAAAGAUGACCUCAGUUCAGAUGCUGACUAUCCAAAUUCUGCAGACAAACAUAGAAAUGACUGUCCCAGUUGGGUAACAGAAAAAAUAAAUUCUGGGCCUGAUCCAAGGACCAGGAAUCCAGAAAAGUUAAAAAAUUCCCACUGGGAAGAAAAUAGAAAUGAAAAUUCAGGGAAUUCUUGGAAUAAAAACUUUGGUUCAGGUUGGAUGUCUAACCGUGGUAGAGGUAACCGUGGCAGAGGCACUUACAGAGGUAGUUUUGCCUAUACGGAUCAAAAUGAAAAUCGGUGGCAAAACCGAAAACCGCUCUCAGGGAAUUCAAAUGAUUCAGGGAAUGAGUCUUUCAAGUUUGCGGAACAGCAACCAUAUAAACGGAAAAAUGAGCAAGAGUUCUCAUUUGAUACACCAGCAGAUAGAUCCGGGUGGACAUCUGCAUCUAGUUGGGCCGUGAGAAAGACUCUACCAGCAGAUGUUCAGAACUAUUACUCACGACGAGGGAGGAAUCCUUCAGGUUCACAGUCUGGGUGGAUGAGACAAGAAGAGGAGGCCGUUGAACAGGAUUCUAACCUAAAAGACCAAACAAACCAACAAGGUGAUGGUUCUCAGCUAUCUAUAAAUAUGAUGCAGCCACAAAUGAAUGUAAUGCAGCAACAAAUGAAUGCACAACACCAGCCUAUGAAUAUCUUCCCAUACCCAGUGGGUGUUCAUGCUCCUUUGAUGAACAUCCAACGUGGUCCAUUUAAUAUUCAUCCUCAGCUACCCUUGCAUCUGCACACAGGAGUACCUCUCAUGCAGGUAGCUGCUCCUACCAGUGUAUCUCAGGGACUACCACCACCACCACCCCCUCCCCCACCAUCCCAGCAAGUCAACUACAUGGCUUCACAGACAGAUGGAAAGCAGUUGCAGGGUACUCCCGGUGCUUCUCAUGUAAGUAAUAACAUGAGCACACCAGUCUUGCCUGCUCCAGCAGCAGCCCCGGGAAAUUCGGAAACAGUUCAGGGACCAAGUUCUGGUAAUACUUCGUCAUCGAGUCACAGCAAAGCCUCUGAUGCUGCUGUAAAAUUGGCAGAAAGCAAAGUAAGUGUUACAGUGGAAGCCAGCGCAGAUAGCUCGAAGACAGACAAGAAAUUGCAAAUUCAAGAGAAAGCAGCACAGGAGGUAAAACUGGCCAUUAAGCCAUUUUACCAAAACAAAGACAUCACCAAGGAAGAAUAUAAAGAGAUUGUACGAAAAGCAGUGGAUAAAGUUUGUCAUAGUAAGAGUGGAGAAGUGAAUUCUACUAAAGUGGCAAAUUUGGUUAAAGCCUAUGUAGACAAAUACAAAUAUUCACGGAAGGGAAGCCAAAAGAAAACUCUGGAAGAACCUGUGUCUACUGAAAAAAACAUAGGCUGAAGUGGAGAGCGCUGUAGAGGACACUGUCAAGAUGUCUGCAAAGUGCAAUUUCAACCAGUACCUUUAACUGAAAAUCGUACACAACUGUGAUUGAAAUUUGGUUUUGAUAAAAUUAUUUUUUUUAACAUAGGAUAUAAUGUUUUGUUCAAAAUAAAUACUAGUUCUGCACUGCAACUUCUAUAUCCUUUCCUUCCCCCUUCCCAAUACAAGCAAUUUCAAGGGAAAGGAAAGGGGUUAAAGGAAUGUGCAUUUUCACCAGGACUGUGGCAGUGUUGAUGCUGAGAGUGUACAGCAUUUUAUUUGAACAGUGGAGUGCAUAAACUAGAAAUUCCUAAGUGCACUGGUUUUGGAAGAGAUGUAUAUAUAAUACAUUUAUUCUGCUAGGCUAAAAAUAAAGUAUGAACUAUAUGAUUUCCCCUUCUAAUUAUAGAAAGUUAAGUAAUGUAUUACCAUGAAAAAUAUUUCUAAUAACAGAACAUACCAACUGCAGGGUUCCUAAUCUGUAUUUUUAAAGCACACAUCUGAAUAAAUUGCUUAGAUAAAAAACAAAUGAUCACCUAAGUAAAAUCCAGUGUUCAAAACUUUGGGACACUGUUGACCCAUUGUAUCACCAAAUAAAGGGUAUGCUGCUUGUU